AUGAAAACGCGGCUGUCUCUUCUUGAAAACAUGUCGCCCAUGAAGCUGUGUGUUCCAGGUGAAAGGCUCUGCAGCACGGAGGACUGUAUCCCCGGCACCGGCACGUAUCUGCGGCACGGCUACAUCUUCGCUUCGCUCGCGGGAUACGUGCUGAGAAAGAACGAGGGAGAGGAGCUCCCGGUGAUUUCAGUCGUUAGGGAGACAGAAGCACAGCUUUUGCCUGACGUUGGUGCCAUUGUCACCUGUAAGGUGACGAGUAUCAACCCACGAUUUGCUAAAGUCCACAUCUUAUAUGUGGGGUCGACACCGCUAAAAGACAGGUUUAGAGGCACGAUCAGAAGAGAAGACGUGAGAGCGACAGAGAAAGACAAGGUGGAGACGUACAAAAGCUUCAGGCCAGGCGACAUUGUCCUUGCAAAAGUGAUCUCUUUGGGCGACGUGCAGUCGAACUACCUGCUGACCACAGCAGAGAACGAGUUGGGCGUAGUUGUGGCCCACAGCGAGGCGGGCGCUCAGAUGGUGCCCAUCAGCUGGUGUGAGAUGCAGUGUCCACGCACACACGCCAAAGAGUUUCGCAAGGUCGCGCGGGUACAGCCGGAGUACCUGCAGGCCUGAGCCACGCCCACCGCACCCGCUGACCACACCCACCGGAACACACAGCUUCAAAGACGCCCCCUCGUGCAGAACUCUCAGCCCAGUAACUGAUUGGAUUUCUAGGUGUGAAUCUGGAUUGUCACAUUCCACACUGCCUGUGAUGCACACUACUAAGUGAAUACCGCACGAGUAUCACAUUACCGUAAUUGAAUGUAGUUGCAUUGCUAAGCAGUAUUCUGGCAUUCCUGAUGCCCUGACACACCCAUGAUUGUAAUAUCACAUGUUCAGAUGUCUUGCAGUGCUUAGGGAAGCUCUGAAACGUGAUUGUGGAAGGUCACAUUUUGUCGAUGGAUUUCCACUUUAAAUGGUCCUGAAUGUUUAGAGCUUCUUUAAACACCGAGUUGGAACAAUUUAUGGGUGCAUCUUAGUAAAACUUACUACUUUUGGUCACAUUUCAUCACAAAAUCAAAAGGAAAGGAAAUAAGAAACUAUAUUGUGUAAAGCAACUGAAGCCUGUUUUUACGACAUAUUUUUUGCAUUGUAUAAAUGGAGCUCCAAAACCCACCGCUUUUUCCAAAGUGCAAAACUGGAAUUGUACUAUUGUCACAUUCACUGUAACAGAUUUUGUAGUCUUUCACAAUGGGAUUUGAAGUUUAUAGAGCAAUAACAUUUGGCGGCACUGUUUUCUAACUCUUUGAAGCGCAUGAACUGCAAAAAUAGUCACCAGAGAUGAAUUUACUUUUGCCUCUUGCUGCUUUUCUUCAGAACAUCUGGAAAUGUCUUAUUUGAUACGUUUUCUUUAUUCUGUCUUUUGCCUGUAACCGUUUUGAGAGGUCGUGUUUACAAGAGGAAAAAAAAUAAAGUUUUUAACAUCACCA